AUUUAAAGGACAAGCUAGCGCCAGACAUGGUAAUUAUGUCUCUGGCUAAAUGCAUUGUCUUGAACAUUUCUAAUUUAAGAUCUGCUGUUCAGAAGGCUGUAAACUGCUCAUUUAUUUUGGUGAGGACCAAAGGAUCUCUGGUAUUGAUUUUAUUCUUUGGGCAAUCUUACGUGAAAUUAACCUGGAGUCUUGGAUCAAAGAAGACCAUUACUUUUACCACCUAAUUCUGUUUAGGGGGAAAAUCACUGGCUCACCAAGAAACAUUGGAACAGUGUCUCACUUAAUCCAACACUUUCCAUGUGUUUUGCAAGAUAAAUGGCAAAUGCAAAGUGAUGUGCAUCACUUUUGCUGCCUCAAGAGGUGAAGAAAGUGAGCCUGUAUGGAAACACAUGAGGAAAAAAGAGCAAGGCUCAAUUUGGUAUGAUGCAGUGGAGAGUUCUUUUUAUGUAAGCUCCAUUUCCUAUAUUUUUGUUUACUUAAAUCUAUUAGCUACCCAACUCCAAAGGAGCCUGGGUGAAUUUUGCACAGGGAACAAUUCUUCCGCCAUUUCCCAAAAGUCAAAAUAUUAGCAUUUGCUAUAUCUAUGGUGUUUUGCAGAACAACAAAAGGUGUUUUUGUGAUUGAAUGCAUGUUCCUAUGUCUGAAAUGAAAUAAUAUGAAGAGGUAUAGUGGAGAGCAGCAAAUAAAUGUCAAUUUAUUUCUCCAAUGGAUGGGGAGGGUCUUAAUUCAUCCUUCCCAAUGUAAAAAGGGAAACUUCUCUUUUUCCUUACAGGCAAGUCAUGGAAAUCUUUAACCGCAUCCCAGAAAAGACCUUACGUUGAAGAGGCAGAAAGGCUGAGGGUUCAACACAUGCAAGACUACCCCAACUAUAAAUAUCGGCCCAGAAGAAAGAAGCAGGUCAAGCGGAUCUGCAAGCGGGUGGAGCCAGGCUUCCUGCUGACUAGCCUCUCCAGGGACCAAGACCACAUGUCUGAGAAGAGGAUGUGCAGCCGAGCAAUGGGUGAGAAGGAUGAAUAUUCAACUGCCUCAGUAAUGCCAAACCUCAGGAGAUACCAGGAGGUCCAGAGCAAUAACACAGGUACUCCGAUGGACAUGUAUCCAUAUGGGCUGCCUACUCCUCCUGAGAUGUCACCCUUGGAUGUGAUAGAUCCUGAGCAGAGUUUCUUCUCCUCCCCUUGUCCUGAAGACCCUCGCCAUCCCCGUAUGUCUGGAGACACCUAUUCUCUAGAAUAUGCCACCAGCCCUCUCCAGUGCAACCACUCUUUGGGUCACAUGCCAGUCUCUCAAUCAGCUUCCACGAUGCACUCUGCUUCCUCCAGUUGCCCAGCACCUCCCACAGGAAAUUAUUACUCUCCAGCUUUCCCUCCUAAUCUCCAAGUCCCCAGCCUCCACAACCAUCUUGGGCAGCUCUCACCUCCCCCGGAGCAUCAGAACUUUGAUAGCCUGGAUCAGUUGAGUCAAGACGACCUUCUAGAGGAGAUGGACCGCAAUGAGUUUGAUCAGUAUCUCAGUGCCCCUGGACAUCCAGAGCCUAGUGGGCUCACCGUCAACGGACAUGUCCAGGUCUCUCAGACAGCAAGCAGCUCACACUCCUCAGAAACCAGCCUAAUUUCUGUCCUUGCAGAUGCAACAGCUACAUAUUACAAUAAUUACAGCAUUUCUUAGGUCAGAGAGAUGAGACUUCUCCUGUGGACCAGUUUGCUAGCAGAGAGUUUCCUUUUCUCUGGGUUUCCCACCUUGAACUGAAAUAAUUUUGGGGGUCACUUUCUAGAUAAUUAUUCCAGUUUGCUGACAUUCUUUAUACCCAGUCUAACUAUUGAGCAUCUGUCUUCAGAAGUGUCUUUGUAUCCCAGUUAAAAGGAUACAUCUUCAGUGAUGCAUCCAGGCACCUUAGUACGUUGACUUAAAUUAAAGAAUCCUUGUUUUUUCAUCAAACUGAGGGGCCCUGACAGAGCUGAUAUAGCAUAAUAAUCCUUACAAAUUUGGUCUAACUACAGAGGAAUGACAUCAGGAAAUAUACAUGACCACUUACGGAGUCUUUCAACCAAAGAUGCCCUUGAAUGCAUUUCCUCAAGAAAUCACUGCUAAGCAGACUCAGAUGUUUAGCUCUGUCUGUGUGUACGCAUUCAAUUUGUUAUGCAGAAUGUCUUCUCAAGUGUUUUUGCUCUUUGCUCAAUUGCCAUUUGUUUCCAUGGGCUCACAUAAGAGAUUUUUCACUACCGAAACUGAAACAGAAUAUGAAACAAUGUCAAAGGUGUGAUCACAGAAGCAUCAUUUUCCUUCUGGAUUGGGCCACUUAUCAUCUCAUCUUCCUGUUGUCUCUGCCAAAGAAAUUUUUAUCUUAAAAUAUCAGUAAGAUAUGCCCUAAUUAGGGUAAUCAAAUGAAUGUGUAGCUCUUUAAAAGUGUCCCUCUCCUAUCAACUCUUACAUUUUUCAAAUUCUACAAGGGUCUCAUGUUUCAAACCACCUAUCAUCUCUUUCAGUUUGGCAUAUGUUGACAAACUCAGAAUUGGUUAUAGCAAUAGGGCAAAAUGGGUCAAAACAAGGUGGGGCUUCAUCAUAUUCAUCAUAAGGUGUGAUUUUGUCAUAAUCAGUGGUCAAUGAGGCUAUAUAAUCUCAUCACUAAAUGUAGGUCAGAAGAAUUGCAUGUGGUUUGAACAACACUUUGCUAAUUCUCAUUGUAGUGCCUGUAUGGUAUUGCAAUUUUUAGGAAGGGUCUAUCAGUCACAAUGUAUGUUAGCUUUCUGUUUUUUUUAAAGCAAUACAGUUUGGCUGUUGCCCUUUGCAUCUUUCAGGAUCUUGUCUUUUUUCCUUGCCUAUGGAAGAGGUGUCGUAUGCUUGGGAACAACCAAGAAAGAAGCAUCAGGUGCAAAUAAGAGCAUUUGUGAAUGCAUUUCAAGUGUCCAAAUAAGUGAAGUUAACCUCAAUAACAUUUUAAUUUUAGCGAGAAGUGUACAAAUCAUUUCAAGAUCAGAACUAAACAUUUCAGGGUGGCGAUGGUUCACUUAUUUUAUAUACCUUUAAUUCUAAUCUAAAUGGAUCAGGGGAAUUUAGAGUGGGGGGAAAAUAGGAGUCAGGCAUUUCCCAUAACAAGCUGAUUUCCAGAUAAGUUGACAGCCAUCAUCGCCCAAGCUGGUUACAUAUAAGAGCUAAUAGUCUUAACACAUUUGCUAUUGUGCUUUGGACUAUGAUCUAAACUGUCAACAAAGAAUGUCAAAGAGAUGGGUAAUCUAGAUUAGGAUAAUUAUUAAAAACACCUUUCUUAAUACCCCUGUUACAUCUACUUCAUCCCCUCCCAGAAGCUGCUUUUGAAUUUAAAAGUCUAUGUAGAGUGUUUUUUUUCUGGAGGGUGGUGUUCUCUUGGCUUCUUAUAAACUUACAAAGAACCUAUAAUUUAGGGAAAACUGAUUCCCUUCUCAUCCCCUAAUGGAUAUUUUAUAAGUGGUGAGAGAUAUACACCAUGGAAGGUAUUAUCGAUCACGAGAUUUAUUUUUGGCUUCAGAGAAGUGUAACAGCCUGUACGGUAUUUCUAAAAAUGCAGUUAUUUUAAGUAACCUUUCUUGAUGAUAUGACAUCUUUAAAUGCAUGUGGGGAAACACUGUCCCUUAACGCUGUUUUUCUAUGUGAUAGUUUCCAAAGUAGUUGAUUUCUGGGAGAUGUAGUAGCCUUAUGAAUUUAUAUUUGAUAUACACUCUUUGCCAAAGGCACUAACAUAUUUGUUUCCUUUUAUAUUUAAACAUACUUAGAAUUCCCUUUUAAACAUGCUAAAUUCUUCAGUGUCAAAAUUAUUGUACAAGUUUUUUCUCCGUUUAAAAAAAAAGGUUCUUACUAAAGCUGGCCAUCGUUAUCCAAAGUAUUUCUAAGACAAAUUAAAAUCAAUUUCAGGGACAAUUUCAGCCAUCGCAUUCAGUUCUCCAUUAAAUCCAAAUAAUGUUUUUGAAUUGUGAGCCGCCCAAAAUCAUUUUUGCUGAGAUGUGAAGCUAUAGAAAUAAAAUAAAAUAAAUAAUCCAAAAUGCCUUGCUUCUGCAGGAUAUUCCCAGUGAAGGAUGCAAAGUGAAGCUUCGAUAAGAUCAUAAACACAGUUGGGCUUCGUUUAGUGAAAGUAGUUGCUUAACAAUCAAGUUGCUUCUCCAGUUUUGAUAA